AGUAUUUUCGAACACACAUUGUGUAUUUCAUAGAAGGAGCAUGCCAAGUGGCUGUGCGAUUUGUAUUUACAAAUUAAAAAUAAAUUAAAUUCUUGCGCGAACAAUAUUUAUUUGUACAUAACUCGCUAUAAAAUCAUUGUGCAAGCACUUCAAAAGGCAUGUUGAGCGUCGUUGCAUUCUAGUAUAAUUUUCUCAAGCUAAUUGUGUCAUUUGUGUGUGUGUGUGUUUUGUGUGUAUACAGAAUUUUUUUUGUUGUUUUGUUUGAAUGGUAGCGUUUAUACACAAACACAAACGAGCGUAUGUGUGUAUUUUAAAUGAAAUAAAUAAAGUAAAGUGAGACUGAAUGGAAAUACAGACGGUCCAAGCGAUCUUAAACCAGAGCAGAACGAACACACACACGAGUGUUCCAUGUAGGCAAAUCUAGAAUGCUGUCCGCAACAACUGGAGGCGCCAGCCAAUCAUCACCAACGAACCCCGAUGGAGCCACUAAAAUUGAUGGCUUGAAAACGGUUAAGGUGAAAACCGAACCCUUUUCCACUUUAUCGCCAGAGAACGCAAGCAAUCAAAACCAAACCAUGUCAGAUGAAGUGGACGCACCUGCCAAAAACACUAGCAGCACAAACAACAACAACAACAACAACAGCAGUAACAAUAACAACAACAGCAGUAACAAUAACAACAACAACAGCAGUAAAAACACAUCAAAUCCCAAUACAAGCAACGUCAAUGCAUCUGGGACAUCAGAUGUGGGUGUCGGCGGCGGCGUUCCGGUUCAGAGACAGAAUUUAUCAAAUAAUAGCGUCAAUUCGCCACCAAACAAUGCCGGAGAUCACUCGAAUACGAACAGCAACAGCAGCAACAGCAACGUUUCUGGCAGCCUCUCGCAGAGGGUGAAUUCUGAAGGUGACUUGCAUCAGGAGGAUCUGCUAAAGAAAAAGAAGAGCAGCGCAAAGGACGACGAUUGUGUCAAGCCGAAGCAAGCGAGCACGUCUGGAAACUCAGCGCUGGAGAAAGUCAGUACAAACAGCUCAGGAGGAGGAGUUGGCAAUAGCAACACAAAAGUCGGUGCUGUGGGUGCUGCUGCAGCGGCUGCGAAUGCUGUCAAGGAGGAGCCCUGCAGCUCAGAUCUGUUGGGCAGCUUAGGGAAUAUGAAGAAGGAAGACAACUUUUCGCCAAGCAUGUCCCCGGUUGGAUUUGGAUCUAUUGGUGGACCUUCUGGUAAUAUUGGCCCGGAUCGAUCCGUUACACCUGUCAAAAUGGAACUGAGCUCUAAUAUCACCGAAAAGCCGUCAUCAAUUAUGGGACUAAGCAGUGACAAUGAUAUCGGCGGAUGCAAUGCAUUGGCCAAUGCAUUGGAAGCUGAUCGAAUGAGCGAUAACACCGCGUCCAAUUCGAAUGUUACUGGUGGUGGGCCAGUCGGUGGCCCAGCUGGGUCCGGGUCCGGGCCUGGGAUGGGCGUAUCCCUUGGCAUUGGCAUCAAUGUGUCGCCUGGUGCAUCAAAUUUCAUGGGCAACAACAGCGUCGGCAACGCUCUGGGCAACUGUUUGGAUUAUAUGCAACAGCAGAACCACAUAUUUGUCUUCUCCACACAGUUGGCCAAUAAUGGAGCAGAGUCGGUGCUGAGCGGCCAGUUUCAGACGAUAAUCGCUUACCACUGCACGCAGCCGGCGACAAAAAGUUUCCUUGAAGAUUUCUUUAUGAAGAAUCCAAUGAAAAUGAACAAGCUGCAGCGACAGAACUCUUUGGGCCUGGGUAUUUGCAACAUGCCUGGCCCUGGCGGUGGACAAAGCUGGCUUAACCCAAAUGCGAAUUCCAACAACAACCUUAACCCAAAUCCAAAUUCAAAUCCAAACCUGGCCAAAAUGCUUCAGCCGCAGCAAAAACCAGGCCCAGGCGUCGCAGCUGGUGGCGGCCCCAAGUCGCAUUUCAACAGUCAAACAGAUAAUAGCAGCAACAAGCGAAAUACCUUUGCUGACCCAUCCCCUGCCGAUUCUCUUGUGAAUGACAGCGACCUAAUGUGCUGGGAGACGGCAAACGCUAAUGCUGCCGUCAGUCGAAAUAAUCUUGAUGGCGCGCAAGGCGGAUCGGCGGCUGCCGAGUCGCACGCAAUGAAGCUGAUGGAAGGCGUCGACAGCGUCCUGGGCAAGUGCAACAGUGAUCUGAGCGCAGACAACAAUAUAAUAUCAUUGCAGGGUGUCAAAGUGCCGGACGAAAACUUGACACCGCAGCAGCGCCAACAUCGGGAGGAGCAGCUAGCGAAAAUAAAGAAAAUGAAUCAGUUUCUGUUUCCGGAGAACGAUAGUGGGCCUGGCCAGAUAAACAAGUUACCCAACGACUCGGCAAUGGGUAGUAUCAUGAUGAGCAUGCCAGGAGGCGCCACGAAUGCCCAAAUGCGACAAAUGCAGCUACAAAUGCAGGCUCAGGCUCAGGCACAGAAAUCGGAUCACAUGCCUGUACAGCUGGGCGAGGAUGUGCUGAUGCCGCUGCCUGCUGAUGUUAUUGGUGAAAUAGGAGCCGUAAUGUCGUGCAAUAGUGGCCCAAAAAACAAUAUGUCAUGUGGGCCACAAACAUCUGCAGCUACAGCAGCUGCCGCUUCAGGAGGGCCUGUAGCUGGAGGACCUGGAGGACCAGGAGGAGGAGGAGGAGGUGGUGGUAUGAACGUCAAUAUGAAUGUUGGAAUGCAGUGCUCAAAUAAUCCAAACAUGAUGGCCGAUUCGCCUGAAAUGAUGGCCGGAUUUGGCAACACAAACUGCGUUAUGGGGAUAGGUGAUAAGGGAGGAAUCGGUAACCAAGAGGGAAUGCCAAUGCCACAAGGAGGUAUGUCACCAAUGGAAUGGACAAAAAUACAACAACAGUUUUUCGAAGAACGUUUAAAAGUCGGCAAACCGGCUUGCCGACCUUUAGGCAUGCCUGGCCCAGGCCCAGGCCCAGGUACAGGCCCAGGUACAGGCCCAGGUACAGGCCCAGGUGCCGGUACAGGUGUUCAGCAGCCACUGAUUGCUUCUGGUUCGGGUAGCAAUGCGGGCUCCAUUGUUAACACAUCAAAUGCGGUAAUGCGUAAUAAUGUUCAAGGUCCGCCGCCGCCCUAUCAUCCCACUCAACGGUCGGCAUCGGUGCCAAUAGCUACGCAAUCACCAAAUCCAUCGAGUCCCAAUAAUCUCUCCCUGCCAUCCCCGCGCACUGCUGGAGCUCUUGGAUUGCCAUCGAAUUCACCCAACAUGGAGCUGCCGACACCAAACUCAUCUGCGAGCCAAUCCACGACUGCAAAUAUGGGUCCCAUAACAACAUCCAAGAACUGUUUUCAAGCAGAUGGCGGAUCGCCGUCAAGUCGGCAUCGUGGUGCUGCUGGCAACCCGGCAAAUGUGAUGAAUCAUCAUCUGAACAGUAAUCCCAGUACGCCGCUUGCGCACCUCUCGCCCAAGGAGCUCGAAUCGUUUAACGCAACAUCAAGUGGCGGUGAUCUGAAAAGCACAAGGCCAAGUCCGCAGCGAGCUCGCUCGCCCGCCAACCCCAACUCUUCGAAUCAUCUGAUCGAGCCGAACAAUAUGGAUUCGCGAUUUCCGGCAACCAGUCCUGGUCUGAACUUUAAUGCCCACCCACAAUUGCAAAAUAAUCCAAACACUGCCAUGAAUGCAUACAAAGGCCCCAAUGGCAACAAUCCUCUGGAAGUAAAUCGACAAAAUUGCGGGCCUGGUGGACAACCUGUACAAUUUGCUCGUCGAUCCGAUAAUAUGCCGCUGAAUCCAAACAGCAGCAAUCGACCACCACCGAACAAAAUGACUCAGAACUUUGAUCCGAUAUCAUCGUUAGCACAGAUGUCGCAGCAACUGACCAGCUGUGUAUCUGGCGUGGGCAGUCCCGCCGGCGGGAUGAAUAUGAUGGGUCCGGGCCCAGUUGAUAUGAACAUGGAGCAUGGCGGAAUGGUGCCUAGUUUGGAUGGGACGAGUAUGGAUCACAUGAGCCAUGCUUCCGGUAGCAAUGCACCCAACAAUUGCCAUCCAAUUAAUCCGUUGAUAAAUUCGAUGGGUCAGCGCAUGCUUAAUCCCAAGAUGGCUGGCUUAGGGCCAGGGUUUAGUCCAGGUCCCAACGGUGUAGUACGUGACGGAUCGGGUCCAGUUCCUGGGCCAGGCUAUCAUGGAAUAUUACCACCAGGCGCUCGUAUGAUGGGUCGGAUGCCCGUCAAUUUUGGCCCCAACUUUAAUCCAAAUAUUCAAGUGAAGGCCAGCACCCCGAACACAAUACAGUAUAUGCCAGUCCGGCCGCAAAACAACAACAACAAUAGCAAUAAUAAUGGCAAUGUGCGCAUGGCACCCAGCUUGGAGUUCUUGCAGCGCUAUGCCAAUCCACAUAUGGCUAACAGCGUCGGCGGGCACACGAUUGGAAAUGAUGGCGGCGGCGGCGGCGGACCUAUGAUGAUUGGAACUGGGCCCAUGAAUAUGAACUCUCCCAGCGAGCAGCAGCAGCAGCAACAACAAAACAAAAUGGGCAACAAUCACGGCGGCGGCGGCGGCAACGGAAUCAAUAUGAACUUUUUCCAAAACUGUAACCAACUAUCUGGCCUCGACGAUGAAGGUGCGUUAGGUGUUGGUAUGCCAGGCCAUGACAUGAGCAUUAGUCAAACGCCAAUGAUUCGUGGCAUGCGGCCCCACGGCAUGCGGCAGCAUGGUGGACUGGGCGUCCGUUUGCAGGCGCCCGGUGGCAAUAUUGUCAAUCGACACCAGGGCCAGUUUCCUGGCGGCUCGGAUGGAUUGGACUGCAACGAUCCUAGUGUGAUGUUCAACAAUGGCCCAGGAUCAUGUAAUAGUUCGCCAGCAAUGUUUGCAGCAUCACAGGGGCAACCGAAGGGACAGCACAUAAAGCCUCUACCGGGAAACAUGUGUCAAUCUCAAGUCGUUCCAAACGUGGGCAUGCAAGGCCCUGCGCCGGUUCAGGUACAGGGUCAAGGACAUCCUGUAAUGGGUGGGCCCAAUAACAGCAACCUUAUGUCAUCUGUUGGCAACGGCGGCGGCGGCGUCUCCGGUGGCGGUGGAAUCGGCGUCAACUUUGUUGGUCCCUCGUCGAAUGAUCUUAAGUAUGCCCAGCAAUAUCACAGCUUUCAACAACAACUGUACGCAACGAACACAAGGAGCCAGCAGCAGCAGCAGCAGCAACAGCAACAAGGUGGUGGCAACAUGAUUGCCAUGCCACCAAAUCUUUCUCCUAAUCCGGCAUUUUUUGUGAACAAGUAAGCGAUCGAUGCCCAAGGCCAACUGAUUCAACUGUUUUGCUGGCCGAUUGUCGGCGAUUAUUGAACUAUGUUACAUAAAAGCUAGUCUCCGCAUCUGAACGGAUCGAGAGCAUUAGGCUUUCUUCAAAUAGAAUUCGUUAGCUUAUCGUAAAUACUUUAGCUAUGCAACGGCCAAGUUCGAAAGGAAAUUUGCAAUUUCCUCGUUCUCUGUUCCAUUCGAUGGCAAAGUAACAGAUGAAAUUAAAUCACUAAAAACGAUUUUGCUAGGCAUACAUCACAUGAGUGCUGUAGACGAAAUAUUAUAGUGAAAGGAGAUAAUGCUGAUUGGGGGGCGGGCGACUAUGUAUAUGUAUAAUUGAGAAUACCCAACUCUGCAGCUCUAAAUACUUAUUGUAACCUGUACGCUACACUCUGUAUUAAACGCAAUUAAGCAAUUGUAUGUAAUAUAAUUAUUAAAUAUACUACUUAUAUUAUUAUAUAUCAAUGUUAAGAGAACUAAGGUACACGCAUGUAAAUUCUUCCAUUAAACAUGUGAACACAAAUACAACAUCGACAUCAAACAUA